AUGGCCGCUCAAGUUCUUGCUCUCAGGAAGCAACAUGAAACGCCCCUCAGCAUGACUGCGCUAGCUGGGUCGGCUAUGCGGUAUUCUCAAAAAGACCUGUCGUUGAGGGGCCCCUGCAUCGUAUAUGCUAUCCAUAGAGUGGUUGUAAUGGCUGUGCCGGGGGAAGCAGGCGAUGCGGAGCUAGCACUGCGGUUACACCAGGAGCUCAGUGGGUUGCCAACACGGAGGCGGCGAAGUCCAAGCCAGAGGGACGGGAACUGCGAUAGCCCUUCGGCAGACGUCUCCCCCAGCGGGUCGGGAGCCCCAUUGGAAUCCAUUUUCAAAAAACCAAGGCUAGAAGUCAACGACAGUGCUCAAGCAGGGUCUCUGUCAAGUGAUGGGGAGCCAACUAAUGGUGGCGAGGACGAAGAGCCCCUUCCGGAGCGAGGGUCCGGAACCUGGAUUACAAGAAGGCAAAGAUCCCCUGUCAUUCCGGAUUCGGCUCAAGUCGGAUGGGUCAAAAAGAGCUGCUCGGAACCCUCUGCACCAUCUAACGCUGCCCCGCUCCAAGGAGCUGACAGGGGCAAGCCCUCCGAGGCGGAGCCCAAUCUUGGGUCUGCCCCUCCUGACCUGGAGCAAGAGGCUGCUGCCAGAGUCCGGAAGGCUCUAGCAGUAUACAACCAUGAGAGGCUGCACCAAGUAGUCAAGGAAGAGGAACGGGUCAAAGCAGACGGCGGCACGAAGCGCCCAGAUCUGAAAACCCUGCAAGCUAUGAGGAAGAGGAAGCAGAUUCUACAUGAUGGGAAGAAGGUCAUUGGGCACUUCCCUGGGGUCAAAGUUGGAGAUUCAUUCUACGAGCGGGCCCAACUCUCAGCUCUCAGGCUUCACACCCCACCAGUGGCGGGCAUUGACACCCUCGCAGCAGAUAAGAGUCCCUAUGGAACCAGCAUUGCCACGUCCAUUGUUUUAGCAGGAGGCUAUGAAGAUGACGUGGACAAGGGGGAAACCUUUACCUACACAGGCGCCGGAGGCAACAACAUUAAAGGCAAUCGUCGACAAGGUGAUCAUCAAAAAUUGGAGGGCGUGAACCAGGCUCUGGCAAACAGUGGGCGGCUUGGUGUACCCGUUCGUGUUUUCCGGGGUUUUGAGGAAACGAGUGGCAACACGAAAGUGAGAGUCUUCACCUACGACGGGUUGUACCUGUGCGUGAAUAACUGGAUACAAAGGGGGAUCUCAGGGUUCGACGUGGUGAAGUUCGAGAUGCAGCGGCAAGGAGGUCAACCCCCGCUUUCUUCGCAACAAGUCUACUUCGUUGGCCAACGCGGUUCACUCCCGAAGACAAUGAAGGCUGCCGAUCGGCCGGGACUCAUUUCAACCGACAUCUCGGGAGGGAGAGACACCAUACCCGUGUGUAUGGUUAACGACCUCGACAAGGAGGACGCAGUUGGAGCCCCCGCUUUUGAGUACAUCGCACGGAUGGAUCACCGGCAAGAAGAGGGCCCCGCCUGCAAGUGCACUAACCCGGGAGACUGCUCGGAUCCAAACAAGUGCGCUUGCGCCCGGCGGAACGACUUCGGCUUUCCCUACGUCGAGGGGGGGCGUCUACAACAAACGGGGCAAGGGGUGGUUUACGAGUGCGGGCCAAGCUGCGGCUGUGGAGAUAACUGCCCUAGUCGGGUCGUUCAAAAGGGCUUGUCUCAUCGCCUCGAGGUCUUCAAAACUCGCAACAGAGGGUUUGGAGUCCGUUCCUGGGACUUCAUCCAAGUCGGAAGUUUCAUCUGCGAGUAUACGGGCCAGAUCCUGACAGACGCACAAGCCCACGAGUGCGACGACGACUCGUACUUGUUCAACAUUGAUCCCACCACCGACGGCUUCGUGGGAGAAGAGUUUGGCGCCGAAGCAAGCAUCUCGAAGCUUCCACAGGUGGAGUACAGCAUCGACGCUUUACGCGCGGGGAAUGUGGCUCGCUUUGUGAAUCACAGUUGCACACCAAAUGCGGUUGUACAGUCCGUCCUGUUUGAUCACCAUAACCCCAGCUUGAGCCACAUUGCCCUGUUUGCGUACGACAACAUCCCUCCUGGUCGAGAGAUAACGUACGAUUACAACUACAAAGUCGGUACAGUGAUAGGAGUGGAUAACGAGGAAAAAGUGUUGGAUUGCCUUUGCGGCAACAAGCCGCCUAUCUGCAAAGGUAGACUUUACUAAUCAUUCUGUAAGUGAGUGUGUAAAUUCAAACUACAGUAGGUUUAACCAACAGUUGUGAGAAAGAACAAAGUUUGAUGUGUGUCCACCUCGACCACCUCACUGAUGUCCAGGUAACGAAAGUUAACCAUCUCAAGUGAUUUCGUUUUAAGUUUCUUAAGAUCAGAGGGCC